CGAUCUCUUGUGGCUUGGUAGUGAGAUUUCUUUGUGCGAUUUAGUUGAAAAUUUUGAAAAUUUGCACAAGGAUACUCCUGAAAUGGUCUUUUGAAAAAUUCUACCCUUAAACACGUUUAAAACAUAGACCACACUUUGACCACAUUAUUUUCAUUUUGUACCGAAAUCGCAGAGGAAAUGAGGAAUUUGUUAUUCCGAGUUUUGUUUGUCGCCCUCUGUUCGACUUUUGUCCUAUGUGUUCCCGCUGAUGACUCUGAUUUUAUCGACGAGAAGGGAAAAGCUUUGAAGAACUUAAGAGGUGAGGUUAAAAUUAUCAUUCCCCCUCAUUUGAAUUGGACUACAUUUACAAGUAAAGUCAAGGCUACAAACCAUUCUCCUACCGAGUCCAUUUUACCUGUCGACUCAGGAAAGUUCCUUUGAGACGUUGAUGUCACAUAGUGAAUUGGUUGAUGAUCUACUGCUAACUGUUUAACACAAAUUAACUCAAUCCCUAAAAAGUAUUAUGUAAGCCCUCAGCAGUGAACAAUUCAUUCUUCAGAUCACCAAAACCUUAAAUCUAUUGUUGCUGUUCUGUCUAGUCAUGAGGUCAAAUUUAAACAAACAAAGCAACACUCUGUCAGAUGCAUUAUUAAGUCAAAAUCUCAACUUUGAAUACCAACACAAAAUUAUUGGAAAAAAAAUAUUUCAGUCUAGUAAAUAUUUGAGACACUUCAGUUUUAAAGUCAGUUGUCAGUUUGAAAAGGGCAUAGCACUUAUAGUCUUAUCACAUGCGUUCACGCGUUCACACCUUGGAGAAGCAACUCUUGAAGGGUGUUUCUGGACCCAAUAAAAUAUAGGGAAAUAGUGAAAUAGGGGUAGGACUUCCAGCACAGUUUAAGUAGUAUCAAUAUCUAGCGGAAGAUAGACUUAAUGAGUUUCAGUAUAUUCAUACCGAAACCAUAAUGUAUUUUGUUUAAAAGAGUUGACUAUUCUGUCAAGAUGUUAUUAACGUAAAUAAAUAUUCAGUUAUUCUAAGAUGCAAUCCCCAAUAACAAUAAUAAUGAUAGAAAUAGAAAUAAUAGUGAUAUUAAUGAGAAAAGGAAUAAUAAUUUUGAAGUAGACGUGCUUGCUUUGAUUGCUAUUUGGAUAUUGUUUUCCGCGUUUGUUUGCUUGUGUUUUUUGUUGUUGUUUAUUUAUUUAUUUUUUUGCUGUUGUUUUUGCUGCUGUUGCUGCUGUUGUUGUGGUUGUUGUUUUUCGUUCACUCUCUACGGCAAAGACGAUUUGCCGAUCAGUUACACAGCAAAUCGCUUGGCAAAUAAUAAUAAUGACCCUGGAAAUAAUCUCCAAAGACAGGCAGUGGACAUUUCUAACAGUUUUGAGUAUCAAGACUUUUGUAACUAGUCUAUUCAGCUUAAGUGAUUUUUUUUGGCCCAGGCACAGAUUGCAUCCAUAAAACGAAGGACUGAUUUGGCUUUCAUUCUCAUUUUUCAGUUGUACCGGGAAGCAAACGAGACAAAACAGAUUAUCACACAGUUGAACAAGAAGCCGGUAGAGCUGUGCUGAAGUUGCUAGAUGCUAAAAUAGGUAGGUACAAAUUUAUUUGAAUUAAACUAUCUGCUUGUAUCCGUUAUCAGACGGCGAGAGCUUGUCGGUCUGGAGACCAAGGAAGAUUGAAGAUUGUCUGGUCUUUGGAACAGCAGAUAUACAAUUUGUGGUUUUCGUGAGGUUACAACUGCAGUUGUUGGUUGAAAGCAGAAUUGCUGUUCCUGCCCCAUUCUCGCCGUACUAUAUUGAUAACCACUGCGUGACUGUAUAAGUAUCUGGAUUGCCUAAUGUAACAAACUCAAAACAUUCUCCUUUCGACAUUUAUUGAAAGCCGACGUUGACACUGUUUGCCCCCCCUCUACCCCAUUCAACACUGUUUCGACAUCUCGUAACAACAAGUUGACAACUGGAUCAACCCCAAUUAAAUUUAGUUAAUCUCUAGGGAGAAGAAACGCUAAAAUGAAUCUAAUGUUUUAGAUUCCGUCGCGAAAUUUUUAUAAGGUGAAGGAGUCUAAGGUGAUUUAGGAUGGCGAUAAAAACGUGACAAAACGUCGCAGUGGAGCCCGGGAGCUCGUAUCUGCUAUCUCCAUUACGCGUUAGAUUGGAGUGUGGCAGUGUAUUUCAAUCCCUCCCUACUCGUUUCUCGAGAGUGUCACCUUCUUUUGUAAUAAUCAAGGGAGAUGAAAUUUCAAGGCUAUGUCCCAUACUCUUCUAGCGCCGUUUAAAACUCUUUUAAACUUUGGCUCAAAAUCGUCUCAACAUUUCUUUUUGAAAUGUUGCAGUUGUUGUUUGAUCCUUUCUAUCAACUUUGAUAAGUGAUAGUUUAACAGGACAUGGUCUUUACGUGUCUCAACAUUCUACAAAGAAGUCUUGAGACAAUUCUGAGACCGUUGUAUUGUGAUUGAUUGUACUUAUUGUUGUUUUCGCAGGGAGGAAAGUUAGUGACGCUGCCAAGGAGGUGACUGAUUUUCUGAACGACGCAGUCGGUAUGUUGGACAGAAUAGACGAUAGCACUUUUCUCCCAACUCAUAAGUGGAAUUCUCUAUCUUCUAUAUUAAACAUGUAAUGAAAGCAUGGUAGAAAAGAUUACGGUGAAUUGCGAAUGUCAUAUCAUUUUAAACUGUAACAAUGUAAAUGGCACACACGAUAGUGUUGGAGACAUACCCCAUAUUCUUUAACACGAUACCAUUUAAGUUUAGUUGUACACUCGAGCCCGCGAUACAGUCAGGUAACAAUGGUCAGUGGAUACUCUUUUUGGCAGCUGUCAAUUGACCAUAACAUGGAUAUCCAUAAGGAUGUCCACUAUCAAGUUAAACAGAGAUUGUAUAUGCCUUGGACACCUGGCUACUAUUGCCCGGUCCUUACAAGAGAAUUAUUACAAGCAAACAGCCAAUGAGAGCGCUCGGUCUAUUAUAGCCGUAUAAUAAACUCUGACUCAAUUUUUGUUUUAAGGUCAUCAUGCGAAGCAAAGGGCCGAAAAGAUACAAGCCGACAAAGAGAAAGGUAAGAGAGGACACUUAAAAAUGGAAAUAACUUCAUGUUCAUACUUCACGUUCCCUAAGUCAUGUCAAGGAUGGCGAAAAAUAUCUGGCAGUGAGCUAUCUUGGCUAAGACAUGAAAUAAUGAAUCAUACGAAUGGGUUGAAUUUGGCCACAAACUCAUCGAGCUGAAAUUUAAAUCCCGUUGGUUUCUCCACAGAAAUGUCAUUACUUCACCUCGGAGCUAAGAAAAUUCUAUCGAAUAACGACGAGGAAGACAAACCUAAAAAGAACAAGGACGGAUCUUUCCUGGUGCACUUUAAAAUCCCUUACAUUGUAACACCAGUUGACAGCAAGAAACCAAAAACCAAAAAGUUUCACCAUAAAAAGGUCAAGAAAGUCCAUCCCUUGAAGAAAUUUCAUCAUCGUAUUCACAGACAUCAUCAUCACCAUCAUCAUCAUCAUCAUCAUCCGCCGGCGCUGGAUACCAACAGCCUUGCAGCCCCAGCACCAUCACCACCCAGCCCCCUACAGGCACCAGGUAGGUGUGGUAAACAAGAAAUGACCCCUUUGGGUUGUUUUUCUGGCAGAAUGUUGUUCCGCGUUAGCAUACAACAGGAGAUAAAGUACAAAAAAUGCUCUAGGAAGCAUAUUAUGUCUCUUACAAGAUGUGGCCAAACCAAUUUUAGAUACUUUUAUCGUUGUUUACUCCUUCCUAUUUCACCCUAUGUAAGGUAAUCCAAAACAGUCUUGGAUUCUGGGCUCCACGCGAAGGAUUCCGGAUUCCUUUUCAGUAGAACUUGGAUUUCGGAUUUUCGGAUUUCCAUCGCUAGCAGGAUUCCGAAUUCCUUAAGCUAAAUUCCUCAUUUCAAAGCCCAGAAUUCCGGAUUCCACGAGAAAUAAAUUCCCGGAUUCCUGAUUCCACAAGCAAUCCUUUUCCAGGUUCCUAAAUCCGGAUUAUCUUACAUGGGGUGAGCAAUUGUGUUAUUAUAAUUAACAAAAAGGCAUUCCGUACAUACCAGAUCAAUUCCAUCAGCAUCAUCACAUCACUUGGUAUCAUCACUAUUACCACUGUCAUCAAGUUGCGUCAUUUCUGUUAUAAAAUACAAAAAGAGAAUUCCAAAAUAGCGUUGCUCUACUACACCAAAAAAUGUAGCAAAAUCUAUCAUGUACAUGAAGCACUCCUUGAACCUUAAAAGACUGAAAAAUCAAGACUGACAAUAAGGCUGACAAAGUAGAAAGUGUGCACACACCGGGAAUUAUGUUAUAGAUUUAUAUGAGAAUUAUAUUGCUUUUUAAUUAGAGUUUCCUUUUUUUUUCGCGUAAUCGUUCGGUUGGUGGAUCGUUUCAACACUGUUUCAGUGAUGAAACAGUCUUGAAAUGAAGUAUUGGCAACGUGAGAAACUGUUUCUAAACGUCUUCUAGUUCCGAAGCAGGUAGUGAAAAGCGGAGAAAUAUUUUAAAAAAAGACUGAAAAAAAUACUGACGUUUACUGGUUCAUGUGCGCUUCUUCUCUACCUCUAGACUUUAAAACGGUCGAUUAAAGAACAACCUAUUUUGAUGAUGGUUAAGUAAGAACUAAGUUGAAACUAUUUUUUUCCAAGUUGAACAUUUGCACCAUAAACACUUCAAGAGAACUCGUCACAUAAAGAAUCAUCACCAUCAUCAUAUCAAUUCUCAUCAUCACCCACAUCAUAAUGAGUAUGCGCUAGAUGAUGACAGGCCUUCAUUUGAAUUAGAACAGCAAGUCACCAACGAUUCUCAGUCACGAGGUUAGUUUCGAUAAAAGGUUGACAAAGAAGAAAAGUAAUAAUCAAGGGAUGAUUAUUUGCAGAUGUAUCAACAUACGUACUCGUAAUAAAAAAGAAAACGCUCAGGUAUAGAAGCUUACACUCAUAGUUGUACAACGGGCGGGCUAACUAAUAUUCCAGUUACUAUUUCCCCCGUUAGAAAAUUGAACACUAUAAGUAUGUUAUGAAAGAAAAUUUUAACAGAUUUUGCGAAGGCAAGGUGUUUUUUGGCGAGAUUUAUGAGCAUUAGGUAGCGGCUCAAUAUUGAUUACGACUCAUAAUGAAGUUUGUUCGCCAGCUUUGAAAAUACCACCGAGCACCCAAUCACCGAUCAUGGUUUCCUACAAAAACAAUAUAGAAACAAAAGCUUACAGUUUUGCAAGAAAUUAAUGAUCUUUUUAUUGGAUAUAUAGCUCCUCAGCCUCAGGCCACCCCUCAAAGUUACAACGCCAUUGAUAUGACCUUUAAUGGAUACAACUGGACUUACAAGUUCACCAAUGAUAGCAGUAUGGAUAUGGUCCCUUGUCAAGGCAACUGCAUGGGCCCAUGUACAUCGCAAUGCUCCCUCAGUCAGGACUGUUGUUGCUGCGAUCCCAACAUGAUGGCACAAAAUCAAAUGGCUCCUGCCCCAGCGUACCCACCUGUAAGUCAAGGAAUAUCAUUUUCAAGGAUUCGUUUAAACGGCCCCAAUAUGUCAGUCCAACAUCUUGCUGCAUGGUGUUGGGUUCGUUUCAACGAGACCAAAAGUUUAACCCAUUUAAACCUGAUCCAACGAGCUCUUUGCAAAAGUCAUUUACGUGGUACAAAACUGCCAUGCUCAGUGGAGAGCAAGGGAAGUACUAGGACAAGAAGAUCAAAAGGCUUUCUUCAUUUUAAGUGAAAUUUUUCUUUGUUUAUCUUCUCCCAGUGACUUUUGCUCUCUAACAUGGCAGUUUUGUAUCACGCAAUUGACUAACUGCAAAGGGCCUACUGCAUUCCACAAUUCCAAACAAGAUGUUUUAAAGAAUGCAAGAAAAAAGUUACAUCCAAAAGUUUUGGACGUUAGACAUUCUUGGUGUUACAGAAGUUUUAUUAUUGUUGUGUUGCACCGUGGGUGCAUAGUUAAUCUGUUUAGCCAUCAGCUGCGAAGCAAGUUCCAGAUGUCAGUUUCAGUAAAAAAAACAUCGUAUAUCUUAAAUUAUAUUCUCUAAAAGAGCUAUCACCUUGUGGCUCAGCGUUAAACGAAGAUAAACGGUCUAUAAUCACGCCUGAUGCUCCCAGGAUUUUGAUUAAGUAGCGCUGAAACCUCUAUCUACUUCUGUCUCAAAAAUAUCUCAGAUUUUGUCUGGUUCUCAAUACUAUGGAACCUGGCUUUUGAAGUUCUUCAAAAUUUGUACCAAACAGUCAAAGAUGACAAAUUAUCAAACAUUCUGUUCCUUGUGAUUUCCUAAUUUGAGUUGAUGAAAGAACGAAAUUUAGAUCAUAAUUUUCCCAUGAAAAUUAUUUAUCCAAAGAGCGGUAUAAAAUAAUGAUGAUUUCUUACAGGCUUUGCCACCACCACCACCACCACCACCACCACCACCAUCACCACCACCGCUGCCGUUGCCGCCGCCGGCGCCAAUGUACGAGCCUCCAGUGAUUGCACCGGCGCCCGUUUGCCCAAUGGGCUGCAAAAGAAACUGCUUCACUUACUGUCCGAGGGAUUGCUGCGGUGUUGCAGGCAAACGGGACAGGGUUUUAAGUAACGAAGGGUCUGGGAACGAGGAAACUCUUGACAACGGGAGUGCAAGUGAGGAAGUGAAGCAGAAUGUAGAAGAGAAACAUGACGUGUCUGCAAAAUCUGCAGGGGAUAAUGCCAACGACAGGGAACAAAUCACAAGUGAUGUCAGCCAAGAAGGAAGCUCGGAAAGUAAUGAAAAAGUGCGCACUGUCGAGAACGAUGAUUGAAAGAAGCACUAAUGCGACGCACUCGAUGAUUUAAGAACAGAACAUCUCCCAAAGGGUUGUUCAAUGGAAAAAAGUCACAGUACCAUGACGAACUUCUUUAUGGUGUAAUUUCACUCCAGAAUGCGACCAUAACCCUACUUUUUGGAGCCCGUGUGGAUAGCUUUAAUUCAUUGAAUACAAGAGACAGUUCAUAAAAGUAAAAGUUUCAAUUGAAAUAUUUGUGCCACCAAGAGGCCUGUAAUCGAGACGUCUGCUUUUCAAUACUUCAGGGUGGACAAGUAAAAACUUUCCUACAAUCGCAACUGACUACUUUAAGUUAACCUUUGAAUCUGAUUAUCUAACUACGUGAAUGGUGAAUAACAAUAACAAUAGAAAACCCAGCAUACCCUCCGUUUUUCAACGACGUGCUAAUGUGCUUAAUCUAUUAGUGACAAAAGACUGAGUUAACUGAAAACCAUUUCAACCCUCAAAAAAAAGCUUAUUGUACAAAGUUUAAUGACGGCAAUAUUUGUUUAUCUGAAUUUAUUUCUUUUUCAAUACUUUUUGAACCAAAACUUUCUUGGUCAUUACGUUGUGUAAGUUUCUGGAAAAUGGAAACAUGUAGGGAGAGAAAAUAACCCAACGUAAUUGCUGUAUAUUACAAUAAUCUGUUGAGAUAUAAAUCUAUAUUUCUUAUACAGUCAUGAGUCAUUACAUUACUAGAGCUAACAGGAAAAAAUAAGGUAAUAAUGUGUAAUAUAGGUUACGACGAGUUGAAAAAGCAGUUGUUCAUAAAUAAUUGGGAAUUUUUACUUUGUCAAACGAUGUAGUAAAAUAGAGUAAACAGAAUAUACUAAUAGAAUUAUGGAAACUCAGAUUUUGGGUUAGGUUCCUUUUGGUUGAUCCUUAUUGAUGAGAUUGAUGUUUAUUGUAAAAUAUGUUCAAAGAUAAAUAAACUCCUAAAUCCUUAUCGUUGCUACGUAUUAUACUGUUGAAGUAGAUCGAUCAUAAAAGUUUGCACCAAAGUUUUAAGAUUCGAACGCAGUUUUAGUGGGAAAGACUCUAAUUCAUGAUGUCCCGAGCGUGAGACAAACUAAGCUCCCGAUUAAAAAGCUCCCUUGGCUCCCAGAAUGUUCGUUGGGAGCCUGCGAGGCACAGACAAACUUCUAAUAAACUAGGACAGUUACCAUUGAACAAUUAUUGGAUGAGGUUUUGUCAUAUUCGAAAUAAUCAAGGUCGAAGUUAGUGUUAUCAGCAAAGACGAUGUCCGACGCUAAUGACACUAACCGAGACAUUGAUUAUUUAGGAUAUCGCAACAGCCGGAUUUGAUAAUUGUUCCGCCGCAAGGAUCCGAAUUGACAUUUUCCUUGAAAAUCAUGCAUAGCGCGCAACCUUCAAAUUAGUCAGUUAUCUGCUAGCGGAUAAUUAAACUAAUCAGUAGGCUGCGCUGAUUUCCAAAAUUAACUGCUGGCUCUUAGCCAAUGGCAGGACAGAUAAUGAGUACAAUGGAAAAUAAUAAGAGUUAUUUGUCCUCUUCGCCUGCAUACAUACUGCAUACAAAUGCUUCCUUUCCAGUAAUAAAAAAUGAAAGAUAGUCAAAGCAAAGCGUGAUUAAUAAAUUGAAAACGCUCUGUGUUUCUCUCUACGAAGGUGGUAUACGACUCCUUGUGCCAUUAACAAGUUAAUAUCAGAGCGGAAACGACUGAAAGCGACUUCCCGCCCUGCCACUGGGCAAGUUUGUUUUCAGAUCUGCGUGUGCCUUCGUCACUGCCGUCUCGUCUUAAUUCUAAAUCUGUGUAAUAAAACGAUGAGGGAAGUGAAACCUUAAGCUUCGUCACAAUUGACGAAUGCACAGCGUUUCACGCCUAGCCUUGUAUAUGGCAUUAGCAAUUUCCGGUUUGCAGUCACGUGGCGACUUUUUCCGCUCUGCCAUACCCCUUCAAAAUAUAUGUCUUCUCUGAACACACGGCCAUUAAACGACGCAGAGGAAAACUGACAUUUUUCUCUUCCGUUGUUGGUAAAUGAAACGAAAAAGUGGGGUCAUAAAAGGUGCGUUUUUGUAGACAUUUCAAAGUCUGACAUCAGUCAAUCGCCACUUUGCUUAGCCUCUAGUAUGAGAAUUAUCGACCUGCAAACUUCACGCUCCACAAAUCCCUGCUCACAAACACUUCCAUUCAGGUAGAAUUUGACGUCUUUGAAAUCCUCCACCACAAGAAUGUCAUCGUGCUAGUUUUCAAAAGUUUUUUUUAGUCGAAAGGAAAAGAAAAACUACCAUUAAAAAGUCAAUACUCCUUGAAAUUUCUUAGUUAUGCUCGCAAUUUCCAUUUUGUUUACAGAUCGCCACCUGGUGGCAUUCUAUAAAAUUAUUUUUUUUUACCUUGAAGCACACAAACUCGAUCCUUGGCGAGUUUCGCCCCAUCGCUUCACGGUAUUGACUAAGAAAAGACUUCUGAAAUGAUUAUUGUCAAUGGUGGGUAAUUCCUCGUGGUUACCUCUUUGACCCUUUGAAAAAGCCACAAGCUAACUUUUAUCAAGUCAACAAAAGCUGUUUGUGGUACCCCUGACUUUGUUUAUUUCGCUUGAUUAAUUUUUCUUUUAAUUUAUUUAUAUUGCUCCAACCAACACAAAUUCUGGUUCGCGCGAAAGUCGAGUUGGUGAUCGACGCUUUUUCAAAGCGCGUCAAAGCAAUUUUGCCAUGAUUUUUAUACUCUGAUCCAAAGUUGUCCAUUAUUAACCUCUUAAUUUUGUUUUUCCUCACGGGAAGGCUUUAAUAAUCCACUAUUAUGAAAUCUCGAAGUUUUUUAGUUAUCGCAGCAACUCUGUGCUAUUUUGCUUGGUUCUGUUUCGGCGCAAAGACUACUCAAAGAGCGGAAAAACGUUUUGAUAUCAAAGGUAAGUUAGUUUCCAACUGAUCAGCGGCUGCCUUAAGUCAUUGAUUCUUUUUGUAAUAAGGUCCCGACGCUGCAGCGAAAUUCAAAAGGUACUUCUAUUAAGACAUCUCCUAAAGUAACUUAUAAAUAUUGAUGUUCAAAUAUUAUCAAAUUCAACGGUCAACAACAUUUUUAGUCGUCAGAUUCGCACUUUCACCGAUCCAAGGACUAAACCGUUCAUCCAAAGUUAAAAAAGUAUAGCCUGUUUAAAAGACACGAGAUUUUUUUUUAAGUUGAGAAAAGACAAUAUUUCAAGACCUGUCGCACAGCUGCAGGUUCCUGUUUCUUACUGUGAUUCUCUCUAUCUUGGGAUCAUAUAUUUCACCUCAGUCCAAGCUUUGAAAAAGAGAUCGUUAUUAAUUUCUUCAUCAUUUCGGAAAUGAAUUCCAAAGUUCUCAGAGAUGUUUUCUAAACUAAAAAAUACGUUUGGUAGUCAUGUUUUGGUCAUGACUGUUGGUCGAGGUACGGAGUAAAUAUGACAAGUGAUAACACUUCUCUUAUUUCCUUUUUACAAAAUACCGCCAGUUGUUUCACAUUAAAGAACGCAGUGACUAUAAGACAUUUCAUUUUAAAAUAUUUAAGAAUAUUUACAUUAUCAGAUGACAAAGCUACAAAGCUGCGUCUCAAACAUCGUCAAAGAAGAGAAAAUCUCUCUCAAAAGCCGUCGCACUUAACUUGAUUCUGUAGAAACUCCCCUAAAGAUGAAAUUCCGCUGUCGCAUUUUUUUACUUGCGUACGCACGUAACUUUAUGCGCGUAAAUAAAAUCUAGGCACUGUAAGGAAAACCGCGCAGAAACGUAAAGUCGAAUGUCGCCUCAUUUUAGCCGUACAUGUAUGUACAACGCUUCCCAGAUUAUGCAAAAAUCUAGAGAACUUAAUAUGACAACAUGGAACUACUGAAAUACUUAGAAAUUGCAUGAAAUCAAUUCUCUUCCUAAAGGUUGGUUUCCACUGACGCGUUUUUGGCUACGCACGUUAACGCACGUAACUUUUAAUCACGUAAAUAAAAUAGAGGCAAGAUUAAAAGUGCUGAGCUUAAACAAGAAGUGAAGCGAGGUUGCCUCUAUUUUAUUUGCAAACGUAAAUUUAACGCAAGUACGCACGUAAAAAUUUCGCGACACUGGAAAUCAACCCAAACACGCAUGUGUCGGGAAUUCUCCUCAGAAAAAAAACUCUUAUGGUUCCAUUUAUUAUCGUAAGCGACCAAUAAAUCUUAGAAUUUCUUGGUUGAAUGUAUUUAACCAUUCAAUCCAGAAGUAUGCAGGCCGCAGUCUGCGAAAUUCCGUGAUCCAGCUCAUAAGGUCUUCAUCGCAUACACAAUAGGCAGACAUGAUUUAGCCAAGACAGCGUCGAAAAGACAGUGACGUGGGUGCGCGCAAAUGACAGAACGGAAAUUUGAGCACCGGAGGUCGUGUUCAGUCCUUUCCCCGCGCUUUCGCGUUAUCAUUUUUGUCUACGCUAAAUUGUAAUGCCUAACGUCGUCAUGCCAGUUUCAUUUUUUUAAAAAAUCAAAUAUGCUGAUUGCUGCUUCUUCAGAGGAGUUGCAGAUGGUUAUAGGACAUAACUGUUUCUCCACUGCAAUACCCACAUCACAUUGCAGAAGCCAGGCAAAAAUAGUUUUCGCAAAACCAGGAAACACCUUAGUAUUUAAGGACUCCACCUACUUUUUUUUCCAGGCAAAGAAUGGGUAGCUGCGCAGAACAUUAUCAACAAACUGGUUGACGAGAGCAUUGGUGAGUUAUUUAGUUAUUAACAAAUGCAAACAGUUACUCACUAUUUUUUACCCUAAAUGAAUCAGUAAAUUGGAAACAGACAAGCAAUUAUUUCACACUCAAAAGAAAAAUUUGGAGCGACUUCGGUGCUACCUUCACAGAAUAGGUUAAAUGGUAUGGUUCGUCUCACAAUAGUCAUUCUGGUCCUGAUUGAUGGCGAAGUUUUGUCCGCUAAAAUCACUGACAGUUAACUUUCUCACUAUCGUGAGUCAGGCGAUAAACUAACAUAGGAAAAUACCUAUUGGUUCACAGCUAGCAGAGUUAGGGAGGCUGAGCAUGACGUUGCACAUUUGUUAGAGGCAAAUAUCGGUAAGUAAUUGCAAAGCUCCAGGAGCCCAUAACCCGGAGCGAGCAACUUCCUUGCGCUCGUGUCACGGGGUUUUCAAGGACCAGUUUAUUUUUAGAACGGUUUUGGCGAGAAUUUCACAAACCAGUCAACAAAACCUACAGACCUACAAAUGAUAUUUUUUGCCUUUUGAUAACGUUUAGUUUUCCUUUUUGAAAUCUUAUACUUAGAAUGUUCUCAUAGACACGGUGGAGAUUCUAUUUUCGCCGGAAAAAGUGCCCUAAAAUAAACUGGUCCGUAAAAACGAACAUAGGCCUAGUAAGGCAGUUGCUCGCUCCGGGUUAGGGGCUCUGACAGCUCACAAACAUACAUAGUCCUGCAUAUAUGUUUUCCGAGUCUUGUGGUCUUGUGUUUGAAUGUUUUCAUAUUCUAAGCUUUCCUUAAUCCUUAUUGUUGACUGAAAAAUGUAUACAUUAUUUUCAGCUGAUCAUAUCAAGAAGACCGGUAAAACACUUCUUCGAAAGUUACCCUCAGGUAAUGCAUGUUCCAAUAACCGCAAAACCAGUGGGAUAUCUCCCUGUAUUCCACUGGGCAGCAGUGCAUAGCAUAUACAUGUGCCUCCGUGAAGUGAUAUUAUAAGAGGAGAUAUUCAGUUGUUGAGGUUCUACUGAAUCUAGAAUUAGCCGUUACAUUUUUGUACUUUGUUACCUUGCCUUUGCCUGGAAGAGAGGCAGGGGUUGACUUUAUUGUCAUAUGUAAAUAGUGUUGUUCUUAUGCUAAGUCGCCAAAUUAACAUUUAAAAAGCAUUAAGGUUUGUAUCAACGAAGUCAAUCCCAGCCUCGCUUUCACUCAAAGGGUGGGUUACGAAACACAAAACUGUAAAAUAAGCUAUUACGGUUUUAAAAAUCAAAAAGCCUCUUCUUUUACCAUCGUAUACAGAAACUAAAACAAGACAUGCCGAAACGUCCUUAUAUAGCCACCUGCACGCAAUCCUAAGAAUGUCAAACUAUCCUUUAUCAACAGAGUGUCAUGACCAGAUUGAACACUGCGAGACAUUAGCCAAAUCUGGGGUUUGCAAGACUUCGCCAAAAGCCAUGCGCGAACACUGCGCAAAGACCUGUAACUUAUGUGGUGAGUAAAGAGAUGUUACCUUUUUUUCUGUGAAGAAAAAGCCUCAGGAAAGAACUGUUUACCACCGACCACUGACGUAUGCAGGGCUGGUACAGAUUUUUGGAUUCAAAAUUCAAGACUUUCUCCAGACUUUUUUCCAAAACAAUAAUUUCUUUUUCCAGAUUCAAGUUUAAGAAAUAGGUGAUCAAUAGAGACAUUGCAGAAGGCAGGAACCAACCUUUUUUCAUGAUGCAACGCAAUCGUACAGUACCCUUAUGUGGACAUGAGAGAGUUCUGAAACUUCUCUUUCUGUGACUGAAUGUCUUGGCAGAUUUGACAAUGGGAAAAACAUUUUUCUUAUUACGCACUUUUUGUUGCUUUGAAACAAAGAAACUCCAGUAAUUGCUAAUUGCAUAACUAAUUCUGUUGCUCAGAUACUAGGAUUUGUAGAUACACAGGCCUGCCUUUUACCCUUACAAAAUAUUUUUCUUUUUUUGGUUUCCUUUUCAGAGGAUCACUAUGUCGUGCAACCUCAUGUCAGUGUCGAUUUUAAACAGAAAACUAAGAAAGAAGCAAAGCAGCAAGACGCUGUUCCACCUAAAAAGAGCUCACCUCAUAAACAACAUUGGAGGCCUCAGAAACCCACAGAUGGGCCAAGUACAAGGAAAAAUAACUUAGCCAGAUACGCUGAAGGACUUAUACCAGAAGACACUAUUAAGAUUCUUCACUCGAUUGAACCUCUCCUUUCUCAGCAAACAAAGGGGGUAAUGAAAUUCCACCAAAAUGACCUGAGCCCUGAAAACGAGAAAAUUCACGACGCUCAGAAAUUACUAGAGUAUGUCAAAGUUCUGCAACCACCUAGGAAAUUUAAGUUCUUGAAUGAGGAGAUUUCCAGUGCAAAAGACAAGAAAAAGUCUACAACUCUGGCAAGUGUUCAAAAGCCGGCGAAACACAAUGAUAGAAACAAAAAAGAAGACAAUAAAAGUAAAGAUAGGGAAAAAUCUAAACAUAAAGCAAACGCAAGGACAAUUAAGUCAAAGUUAACGAAGAAGCUGAAAGUCAAGGGAACACCACUGACAAGUUUAUCGAAGACAGUCACCUUCAAGAACCACAAAUACAAGAUAACACCCGUUGUAGACUGGGAGAGGAUCUCCAAAAUGCUUGGAAGUCUUGGGUACAAGGCUGUUCACAUUGUUGGCGUGAAAGACAAGAAAAUUCAUCAGGAUAUAACAGAGCAUCUUAAAAAGCACGGUGUGGACAAGAUCCUAGGACACAAGGGAAAUGACAAGGUGGCUGCCGAAACCUUUGUGUCAGCGGUUCACAGAGAGAAGUCAUGGCAUAACGGUACGUAUUUCUAACAAUCUUCCUUUACGAGAGCGGCAGCCGAAUGUAAGUAAGGAACAAAAAAGGCCCUAAGAACUUGUACAUCGGCAAUAAAUAAGGCCUCCAGUGCGUUAAUCUUUUUGUCGCGAAUUCUGUGUUUUCAAUUUCAGUCCCUCUAUUCAUAGGUUUGUCUCCAAGUUUCCUUUUCACGUGAAAAGCACUGACUAACAAUAAAUUAGGUAAACAGAAAUAUUAGCUGUUGAAUACAUGGUAAAGGUCCUUAUUUUACGUCGAUAACACAUAACAGUAGGGACCUUAAGAUCCAACGAUCCGACGUCAACGGAAACGUCGCUUAAAAAGUGAAUUUGCGUUCUUUCAGUCUUUAUAGCAAUUAUUCCUACCCACUUACUUUGUCAAAUGUAGGCGAACCCUCCUGAACCUGAAUUUCAAGUGACCAUAUCCAAGCUCAGAAAGAGAAAUAAAAUUUCGUCGUUGCUUGUUUACGUCCUCCAUAAAACGCGAAAUAAGACAUUUUCACGUCGUAGUCGUGCAAAAACGGGAAAGAAAUAUACAAAGAAGUGUGAUGCACGUGCGAAGUUGUUGUUUUGCUUAUUAAACCUAUUGUUUUUUUGACGUUCUCGUUGCCGUCCGCGUCGUUGGACCUUUAAGUCCCUAGUACUUACAAACUGAAACUGACAAACCUGAGGCCGACGGUGCGCUCAUUUUACCCCUCCCCUCUCCCCCAACCCCACCCCCUCUCUCCAACAGUGCUCUGUUUUACGGCUAUCUACAGCUACUUAAAGCUACACGGAAAGGAAACAAAGUCGAAAACAAGGAUUUGAGAUCACGCCUGGGAAUGGCACUCAAAACCUCCCGCACAGAGGGGUGCGUACAAAAAUAUUGUCCUAAUCUUGCCCCUGUAUAAUUAUUCUGUUGCAGACGAAUACUUCAAGGCUCACUGCCAUCCUCAAUGCUUGCACAGCUGUGUAGCGUCUUGUGAGCCCGGAUGCUGCCCUGAGCAUGACAAAGUCUCCGUCACAACAGGUCUCGCAAAACACUGUCACUCAUCGUGCCUCACUAACUGCGUGCCCGCGUGCGGCAGCGGGUGCUGUUCAGCGGACGAAGAAAUGAAGAGAGGGCAUCACUUCUUGCAUUAUCAGAAAAUAAGGGACUAUCAGAAGGCUAAAGAUCAAGCGGAAGAAAAGACGAAAACUGCGGCAAAGCAACACGAUGAACCAAAGAAACAAGAAGAUAAUUCCAAAUGUCACCCACAGUGCAAACAAACGUGCCUUGCGUCAUGCGGGAAAGGUUGCUGUUCUGAAGAGGGAGAAAGAAUGAGAGAUGAACAGGAAAGAAAAGAGAAAGAUGCAAGGGAAAAGGAGAGAAAAGAAAACAAAUUAGCCAGGGCUCAUGCGCAAGCUGAGAAGGAUAAAGCAAUUAAAGCACUUUACAAACACCAACCCAGACUCUGCCCUGCUCCAUGUCCGCAGGUAAGAUACAGCGUACUAACCUUUUAUACCUUAUGAGUGAUCAGGAUCAAAUUUCUCCUUGUAGUAUCAAAACUUUAUUUUAACAAAGUGGUAAAAAGAAUUAAGAACAUGGUCAAAAAAGCUGAAUUUGCUUCAUACUUUGGCAAUUUCCCCCACUACAUCUGUAGGAAAUGUACAUGUAUAAGGCCAACAAAUGAGAAUUCAAAUUUUGAUAUAAUUGUUUAAAAGGUUAACGGCUGAUUUACAUCAACUGCUUUAUAAUCAUGCAAUUUGGGCUGUGCUGUGACUAUUCAAUCAAUUUUAACGUAGGAAAGAAAGGUUGUAUUAAGACAUAAAGAACUGUAAAAUGGGGCUACGAUAAAUGUUAACUGUUGGUCAGUGGGUGGUAUGCGGGUUACUUCAUUUGUUUUGUUUCUUCAAAGCACAGUAAAGUUCAUCAAUGACUAUAAAUAUACAGUAUAUAUAUGUUAUUUUCAUUAUUCAAGUUUUAUAAAAUACCUAAGAUAGUACGCACGUUCUGAUUGGUUAAAAACCUAUGGUUUAUUGUGCCGGUAAACUCAUAGAAUACUUUAAGAUUUUUUCAUAAAUUAAAGACCACACUUUCUGUGGGAUCACGCCGGUAAUCCCACAGAAAGUGUGGUCUACUGCUUAAAUAUCCAUUUCCCUUUAUGUGGAAGACACUGAGAAAUCAAAAUACUCAAAUAUAUAUAUAUUCAUAAUGAGGUUACAACUAAAAUACCAGGGUCAAUAUCUAAGACCUUAAAAGAUAAUUAUAACACCUUUUAGUUGUAACAUCUAUGGAGGUAAGAGGGUGUUACAUGGGGGGGUGGGGGAGGGGGUGUAGAUGAGGUUUCAAGAAAAAAUGGCAGCUUUGCAAAACACUUAAUGGUUUGUUCAUUACCCUGGGCUCCACUUCAGGAAACAUUGACAUUCACAGGAAAUAAAAUUAACCAGUUUCCCAAGAAACCCAUUUAUAGCAUAAGUUGUUACAAGGCCACAAACUGUCGAAGAAAAACUUCUACCUUACAAAUUUAGGGAAACAAUUCUCACUCCCAGAAAGUGAGCUGUAAACAUUGGCGGAUAUUAUUUCAAUCUUACCCUCUGAUGUCAUAGUUCAUAAAAUGUUGCAAACUCAGAGACUUUUAAGUCAAGAACAAGAAGAAGUUCUGUGGUUAGAUGUCAUAUGCCCUUCAAGUUAUCAAUGAGAGUGUGCAAUGUUGAGGAAUUGAGGCGGCUAUAAAACAAUCCAAAUUAUAUAGAAAAACCUUCCAAUAAUUCUCUGGCGAGAAAAGGGAGAAUUACAUACAUCAUAGAUAUAGGGAAGAUGAAACAAUUUUCUGAUGAAAAGUGCCGCAAAAACCGCUUUUCUGAAGAGGACAAAUAAAACCGUCACAUUUUCUCAGGGGUAAGGACCACAUUAAGCUUAAUUCUAUCUCUGAGGAGGUUCUAAGAAUAAGCUUAAAGGUUAAACCCAGACAAAAUUUUCUGCACGAGUUAAGCAAAUCAUCAAUAGGGGGGGGUGUGAAUAUUUAAUGGAUAGCCCUUAAGCAUCACAUAAAUUUUACAGUUAAAGGUGGAAACUAGGCUGUAGUUUAUCCUGUUUUGAUACAACCCUUUCUGCUUUAUUAUGUAAAUAAUGUUAUUCUUAUGCUAGUAUUUUUAAGGCAUGAUUUCCAUAAGAAAAGGAAGGAGGUUUGUAUCAAAACAAGGUCAGCCUCACAUUCAUUGCAAAGCUAGAAUAAUAAGCCCACAACUGUAAAAUGGUCUAUCAUUUAGCUGUGAAUGGUCAGCAGGAGGGCAUUGCAAACAAGAAGGUAAAGAAGAGCAAAGCAUGUCGAAGCAAAUUAACUCCAACUAAGCCAAAAAACGAUUACUUACGAACAAUGCAUGGGUCCCUCUUCAAAGAACUCAAAAUGAAAGCCAACAAGGGUCAUAAAUCCAACUUAAGUACAGGACGACGUUUAAAAAAUACCGCCACUUGUGGAAAACAAUAUGGCUUCCUACGAAAUAAUGUACGCGGCCGACCUGGUAACUGAUUUUAUGUUAGAGGCAUGAAAUGUCCAUUCAGAUGGUAUAUAAAGCUCUAAGUUUCGUUUCCCUUGGUAAACAAAAUUACUGCGGCAAGGCGAAAUAAAGAGAAUCAGGCCAAAUAUGAACCCAAACCAUGUGAUAGAAUACAUACGGUAUAAGACGGUAGCCUGGUUCAUUCAGAGAAUGAACAAUAAUAAUUUUGGCAAGUUACAGAAAUGACUUAAUUCAGGGAAUGUUGAUAAUGUAAGCCUUAGAAUCUUGAUAUCAACGGUUUUCAGUUCCCUAAGACAUAAAAUGUUGCCCAACACAAGAGAGAUUACCGUAAAUCCUCUAUUAAGCCCCCCCGGGGGGGCUUUUUGUUUCAAGCAUUUUUGAGGGGGGUUAUUUAAUUUAGCGAAACGCAUCACCUGUAGCAAAAAUACCGUGGUAUGAGACAGAGUAAACUUACGCGUUGUACAAUUAAAGUCACUGUCAAAAGUAUUUAAUUCAGUCAAUUGUGGGAGCCUAAAAGUAACAAAAACAGAAUUCUUAUUCUUCAAAAAUGUGCUUUCGGCCUCAUGUUCUUCGGUAAUUUUUAUGAGAAUGGUUAUUUGUAUUGAUUUGUCGUACACAACUUACAAACGAAAAUCUCUGGAAAACGCCUCUCAUAUUUACAUUUUUAAAUGGUGACAAUUCUCCACAGAGAACUAGAGCGCAAAGUUGAGAAAGUUAAGCAUAUGAAGUUGGAGGUCAUGAGGCCGAAGACCAAAAACAAUAUGAACUUCCAGCUUGAAUAAACCAUAACUGAUCAGUCCACUUUGAUAGUUAAUUUUUUUGUCAAGAAUAAGGAGUGGGUGAGGGGGAGGGGGGGUCUUAUUAACUAUCCUCCUCUGAAAGGGGGGCCUUAUUAGAGAGGGGGGAUUAACAGAGGAUUUACGGUACUUUAAACUAGAAUGUGUGGAUGGCGUUUGAAGUGGACGAAAAACGAGGAAUAAAAGCGCGUACACGAUUGAUUGACGCCCUUUUUGUAAACGUGCGCCCUACAGUUACUCCCCCCUUUUUUUCUUUUACCUUCAAACCCCUGCCACGCGGACUAACUUUAAUAUUAUUGUUUUGGUGUAAUAACUCAAGCCUCGAUAGCUCAGCGGUUAGAGCACUGGUCUCGUAAACCAGGGGUCGAGGGUUCAAAUCCCUUUCGAGGCUAGUACCUUACUUUUUUUACUGAUAUGUAAAGAAAGAAUUCGUCGCGGCCGCUGAAUAAAAACACUGAAGACUUAUUUAAACACGGGCGAUCUCCUUUUACAAUUAUUUGUCAUUUUACUUGUCCUUCUUCCCAUUCUUUUUUAUGUCUACAAAUGAAUCUCUAGAAAGGGGCCAUUCCAAUGAAAGCUAAAGGCGCAAAAACAAUUUUUAAGUACAACAAGGCAGAUAAAAAGACCGGGUGUACUCUUCGACUAGAGAUUUCUGAUUCGUACAAGUCGUCGAGAAAUUUUGGGGAAUAUCUUUUGGGGGUUUACUGAUUAAUGUUCGAAACCUAGUGUUAAUAAUAAAGUCGUACAAGUCGUCGAGAAAUUUUGGGGAAUAUCUUUUGGGGGUUUACUGAUUAAUGUUCGAAACCUAGUGUUAAUAAUAAAGUCACGAUUUUGUAAUUCAUCAUACAAAACCUUACUCUUCGAUGGAAAUUCUCAAUCAUUAAAUAGAACGGCAACAAUUUAUGAAACUUUAAGAAGUUGAAGAAAAUAGAACCUACCUUAGUUUUUCAAAAAAAAAAUAGGUGAAACAGCCUCGUGAGGGAUUUGAACCCUCGACCCCUGGUUUACGAGACCAGUGCUCUAACCACUGAGCUAACAAGGCAUCACGGGUGUGACAACGUGGAGUAAAAAAACAUUGAGAGAUGUACUAGUGCUCAGGUUUGAAAUUCCACUUCUGACACAGACGAAAUAAAUAUUAAAAAACUAGCAUUUAAAACGAACAGUUGCGUUUACCUUCAAGCAAUUUGCCAAAAUAUCUCCAAGCCUACGCUGUGCGUCUGCGCGCUGAUAAAUCAUAGGUCUCUGAUAACGAAUGUGUAGAAUCUUAGUUGCUGCGGAGCGACCGAAGGGAGCGAGCAGCAACAUAAUCAUAAGAAAAAAAAUAAUAAAAAAAAAUUUAAAAAAAGACAUAAUCAGGAUUUAAAGGAAAUAUAUAAGGGGCGACGAAUUCUCGAAUUCAUAACUUUUUACCACAAUGCAUUGCAUUUAACCACACUUUUUACCACAAUGCAUUGCAUUUAACCAGAGUGCAUUGCUCCACGAUCAACUCAAAUAAAAACACGGGGAAGUUCGGUGGGUGAGAGAGUGCAUCAUUCGCGGCUCAGACUUUGAGUUUUCUUUGUGGCAAAUUUUCUACAGCACGGUUAGAGGUCUUACCAAAUUUUAAGACACGCAGGAGUCUUUCAGAUGAGUACGAUGGUUAACUUGGGGAUUCGAUUUCAAUUCAAGAGCCUUUGACUCGUCCAGGUGUUAAACCUGACGAGAAGAUGAGUUUUUGCUCUUGGACUCCGCAACACGUGAGAUAUACAAAUUCCAACUUGCUAGAAGGUGAUGUGAAAGUGAGAAAAUGUCAUGCAAUGCUAUUCUUAAGAAACUGUAUGAGCCGAAAAUGCCGUGAUUUUGACCAUUCGCUUCAAAAUAACAGCGGAAAUCGAGAUAACAAAACAUAUGUUUUGUGUCCUACUUUGCAGACGAGGACGUGUAUCGGCGUUUUGAAAAGCAUAAUUAUGUUCUUUCAUUCAUUUAUUGCCAUGGAAUAUGCGUUUACAUUGUUUUUCACUGUUAAUAGCUCGGUUAAUGCGGCUGGCGAUCAUCUUGCCGGCGGAAGUUUCAUGGAAAAGGAAUAAGAUGAAAGACUUUUCCCAAAAUUAUGUAAUGAUCCUCUGUGGUGUAGUGGUUAGGUGUUGUCGCGUCGAGUAGGAUGUGCUGAGUUCAAGUCCUGCUGGAGUCUUAAUUCCUAUUUUCUUUUUUUUCUUUUUUUUUCCGUUUUUUGUGUUGUUGUUUUCUAUAAAUAUAUAGCUAAAUAACUGUUACUUAAUAAAGUGCAACAAACAGCAAGAAAAGUAUUGUGUUUCCAGAGAAAAUAUCGUGCACCGUAUAUUAAAUAUAUGGAUAAAGAUAAACGAUCUGAAUUUCUAUUAUUUCCUACAAUUUACGGUGGGAAAACCAGAGUUGAUAACCACUUGAUCAUUUUCUAAACAACGUUACCACGAGUUCUUUCUAUAGACUGAUAAUAAUUAUUCUAGUACUCUCCAACAUGUAAAUAGGACAUUCAAUGUCAUUUUUGAUUCUUUUAAGUCUCACUGCCUAACUAAUGCCAGUAUCAACAGAAUGUGCCGCAGCAUUACUAUCUUUUAGAUACCCUAGUAUAUUUCAUAACUGGUAUCGAUUUGGAGGGUAUGCAUGAAUGUGUUUCUGGUGUGAUGAGAAAAUUCCUACUUCUGUCAGCCGGGGAAGAUGGAGUAUUUGCAGCAGAAACCGUGGGACUAGCAAGGGGCCCUGAUUUCCCGGCAUGACCCGGUGAGAAUGGCAGGGGGCCCUGAUUUCCCAACCUGACCCUGUGAGACUCGCAGGAGACCGUGAUUUCCCGGCCUGACCAGUGGGAUCGGUAGGAGACCCAGAUUUCCCGGCCGAACGCCUAGCUGGAUUUGUUCCAGGUAGGAUGGUCCCGAGUUCGACUCUUGGGCAACGCUUGUACUGAAAUGAUCAACUGGUCUCCCUCUUGUCAGUUUUUUUUUCCUGUUGUAACGUUUAAUUUUAACUACCUCAUUUCUUGUCCCUAAAAAGUUCCUUAAGGGGGGAGGCCUAUAAAACACUAUUUGCUAUAUCUGAUAUUAACACAACUAUAUUUUAUAUUUUGCAAUAACUACCUCUUUACAGCUGACGAGGUUUUGAAAUAAACGUAUUUCUAGUAUUGUUCCUUCGACUGAAACAUGCUCUUUUUUUAAGGUUUGCGCACCAUCUUGUGCAGACGACUGUUGUGCAUUUGGUAAAUUUGCGCCUACUCAGCCAGGGAUGCCUCCAGUUGAGCAGCCCCACCCUGGACUACUCCCUAACGUACCUUAUCCUCAUUCAAAAGUCAUACCCAUUGAGGCUUUUGCCUGCAAGGAAUCCUGUAAGUUCUCCUGCGCCUACGACUGUCCUCGUGAUUGCUGCAGUCCAGAGGAUGUUGCAAUGCAAGAAGCUCAUGAAGCCGCUGCCGCAGCGGCGGCCUCACCACCAGCCACGACAGUGGGAGCUCCGCAAAGUCUUGCUUUUCAAGGAUUCGCUCCUGCGGCGAACACUUGUCCAAGCCCCUGCCCUGGGGGAUGCUAUCCAUCAUGUACUGUAGCGUGCUGCACUUCAGCGCUGGGCCUUCCACAAGGAAACGAAGCAGAAUUAAGCCAGGACGCUCGCUCCUCCACUAACCGAGUCCUGCACGUCACUCACGAAGUUCAACCAAUUAUGAGCUUCAAUGGGUGUGCACUGUCAUGUGCUUCACACUGUACUCCAGCAUGUGCGCGGACAGGUUGCUGUGAUUCAUCGAGAAGAAGAAAGCGAACACCCUUCUCCCGACUUUAACUUUUUGGACAUCUCCAAACUUUGUAAACAAUAUAACAAUCAAAUGCACAGAGACACAUUUUCCCAAACAAGAAUUCCAAGCUUGUACAUUUUUCUAAUAUGCUGUGUUGGAUGCAUUUUUCACUUUAAUAUUCUAUGCAAAUGAAUUAUCGCACUGUCAGAAGGUAAACGGGUUUCGAAAACAGAGAUCGGACUCAAAGAGGGAAAACAGGUCAGCUGUACUCAGAUAGCCACUGAGUUCUCGCAUUCAUACUGCAAAAAAAAGGAAUCCAUGAGUGUUAAUUGUGUUCUAACUACACUUGUAAUGGCGAUAUCUUCAUUAUGUUGUUUAAGAUGUUUUUGGAUCCCGAAAUAACGAUCGUCCCAAAACAGCGACCCCAUUUGGUAAGAAACGACAGGAUAGUUACUUUCCACCGCCACUUUACGGAUCGUAGUGACAAUCAUUGGUGAAGUAGAACCAGUAGGUCUAGUAGCAACGUUCUUAAAAAUGACACCACCAUUUACUCCUAUGUUCAUUUCAUUUGCAAUUUACUUGUAAAAGAGAAGAAAAAUAAUCGGAAAAUUUAAUAGUUAAUAUAAGAUACAAGGAAAUUCAAAUUAUAACAGAUUUCAAGGUAUGGAACAAUUUUGAUUUGGUUCUUGAGCAAGAGAAAGUUCAAUGUUUAUUUUAAAAUAAUGAAUAAUUAAUAAUAAUAACAAUAAUAAUAAUAAUAAUGAUAAUAGUAAUAAAAAUUGCCCCGUCAUCAAUUAUUUACUUGUACAUUACUUAUCGUUAUUAUGAAAUCCGAAGCGUUUUUCAGUAUGAACUUAUUAAAACAUAUGUCUUGCGCAAUAAAUACCAUAUCAUAUCACGAGAACAGUUGUCAAGUACAAUAUUUUUUAAAGUUAUCUAAGAGUAUUAAGAUACUAUUAGAUAACCUCAACCCAAACAUACCAAGAAAAAACAGACCUUUAAUUUUAAGGUUACCAAAUUUUAAAAUUAGAACAGCAAACUGAUCCUUACGGCCAGGAAAUAUCGGGCAAUUAUAAUUCACCGAUUUAUUUUUGUUUUCUCUUUUUAUUUGGCUAUCACUCUUCCUGCCGUAAGGAUCAGUUUACUGUUCUAAUUUUAAAAUUUGCUAUUUAAGAUUUUACUGAUCCAGGUCUAAUAAAGACCCGGCUGACCCUCAGUCAUUUUUUUUUCGUUGUGGUUCUGCCUUCACAAGUGUUUCUUUUUAGGUUGCCUUGAUUAUUACCCCUCUGUUUCAUUCCAUGUGACAUUUUCAAAUGUCCCGUUUCUCGCCAUAAGUAAUGCUUUCAUAUAUUUGCUCGAAUAAGCACCUCGAGUGAGCGCUGCAUUUGGGAUUAAAAGGUUUAUUAGCACCGCCCCCGAAUAGGUGCCAUGGUAUCGAUGGAAUUAAAAUCAAAAAAUGUGUCUCAGUACCUAAAAUUAAUAAUGCUGCUAACUUUAAAGAAACAAUUCUUUUCUCGUCCAACCUUCAAAAACGCUUCCAUGACAUAAGCACCCCAUUUAAGGCGUGAUCCAAUGAAAAUGAAAAAUGUCUGUUGUCUUGCGUAAGGGUAGAAAUUGCACACUGUUUUUACCCAUAAAGGCACCGACUGGGUUUUUACGUAAAAAAAAAAAAAUUAAUAUCUAUAUUGCAAAAUUGCCUUAAUACUGUGUUAGAGUUCGCUCCCCGUUAGGGGUCAAAUAGAACCUAGGCUACGCCCAGUUUGGUCUUCUUUAGGCUUUAAUUCUAAAUUUCUCACUGGCUUCCCCGUCUCUUGUAUAAAGAAGUUUCCCCGGGGCUAUUUGAAUCCAAGUGCAGCAUAACAUGGCAUAAGAUAAGAAUUAUGCUCAUUAACCUGAAGAGGUAUGAGCCAAUCCGUGUUUACACGACUUCCCUGAAGUCUGUAAACGAAUACAAACUUAUACGUUUAGUGCUUCCUUAUGCCCGUGAAUGGACGCUACUGACCGCAGGGUGGUGGGGGAGGAGAAAGCAAACAUUGACCAAUUGCCUGACCCGGAUCACUUAGCAUCACACGAGAUGUGGUUAUGUAUUAUUGCGAGCUCCCGGGGGGUAUUCCUGGGAAUUCGUGGUGGGGGUGUGCCACCAGGUACUCCAGAUCCUGACCGUAUUUCACAACCUCGUCCCCAGGGCGCUUUUCCUGGCUUUGGAGGUGGGGCGUCCCACCUCCAAAGCCGGGGAAAAGCGCCCUGGGGACAAGGUUGCCUAUUUUAGACCAAAAAAUUGUCAUUAUCCACCCCCGUUUUUAGACCUGGCCUCUAAAAUCCAUAUCCUUUUUCAGACCUAGCGUAGGCAGAAAUUAUGUUGUCAUUACUUAGCUAGAUCAGAACGCCAACAAAAAGAUGUCGAAUUCGCAUGUUACUCUUUCUUUCUUAUUCCUUUGGAAUUGAAACGACAAAUACGUUCAUGCAUUCUCUCGAAAACCAUACCCGAAUUCAAACCAAAAUAGGCCAAAUAGACCAAAAAGGCGGAAAAACCAUACCUUUUGGGGCGGCACACACCUCUAAGGCAAAUAUAAGGGAGUACCUUCCGAGGCGAACUCAACUUUUUGUGUUGUUAAUCAACUGACACAAAGCACUAUAAGGAAAAAUCCCUUUGCCGGCAAAUGUUUCCUUUACAAUGAUUCACGUAUGGUCGACGAAAACAAAAGGAUAAAUUUAAAUAAACCCAUAAACAGCCCUAAUAUUGGCAUAGUUCAAUGAAGGUCUGCGAAGACAGUCACAUCAAAUAUAUAUUCUUGGUUGUACUUCGUGUCGGUCAACCUCAUAUCCAGGGCUAAGUUGUCUUUUGCUGCCAAAUAUAAAUUAAACAUCAUGGUAUAUUUUUGGUCCGGGGGUAGUCUCAAUUUUUUCUCGUGUAGCUGGGACUUUACUCAUUUGAAACUUAGCUAAUAUAAUAAAGGGUACCCUAUCUAAGGAUCACACCUGGAACACAAUGCCAACAAGGACAAGAUGAUACCCUAUUGAUAGGUUGGAUAACGUUCCUCAAAAACUAGACCCUAUCGGGGGGCACAUACCUAUCUAGUUCCCCCGGGCUUGUUGGCUUGCCCUGACACUUGUCAAAUAUUAGCUGUUAAGGGUAAACCGACACUGUGACGCAAGCGUAAAGAAAUGUACAAGAAAUUUUAUGAGUUAGAUAAGGUGCGUCAAAUAAAGGAGAAUGGGAUACCAGAAGAAAUGUUUGUCAUAACAAAUUAAACUUACGAUGGGCUUAAUUACUUAGAGAGUUUGCAGAAAUUUCGAUAAAAAUAUUCCAAAUCAAAAUUUACCACAUUUUUUCUUUACUACAUGAACAGGAGAAAAUUUCGCCAUUGCUUAAACGUAUUGAGGACGGGUGUUAAUGUUUGCCAAAUGCGCCAGCGUCAAUGGUACUGCUCUGUUUUAUGCUACAAGGGGACUCUACUGGAACAUUAAGCGGACACUGGGGAGUGUGCAUAUACUUUUGUGGCAAAUAAAAGGACGCUGCUCUUUGGCUGUUCGUUGUCAGUUGGGAGCGAUACUUCGUUAACAACAGAUUCAUAAUUGGAGAUUGACUUUGCACCACCACGGGAAUGUUCCUUCCUGUUUGUUCAAUCAAUAAAGAGUUCAUUCGCUGAAAUUGAAUUGGUAGUCAUGCGUUACGCGAACCCCUGCGGAAAUACGGCAUACAGGGUUUUAGAAGGCGCUACCUCCCCUGUGAUAUUUGCAAACGCAAACCAGAUUACCUGAUAGGAAUGGAGCUCUCCUUUAUCGUUUUCAUUUUUAUAUAUUAAGAAUGACACGUCAAAUUUCAAGUUCUUAGGGUAUAAUUGCCAUGCAACGUGUGUGACAGGCUCUUUAUGGGUAAUUCUUUAAUUUCAUUAGCUUUUAUUUAAAUGGUCACCCUGAAAAAUUUUGACUGCGCUCUUAAAAGUUAAAAAAAUAACCUCCGUUUGAAACUUGACCUAGAUAGAGAAAUCAAUUUAAAAUGGAACUUAAAAUGAAAGUGACCAAUAAAUGUGGGAAGUGCUACAAAGAGAGACAUCGUUCGGGGUUUCAAGGGCUGUACCGUUAACACUAAUUUAAAAAAUCCUUGCUUUUCAAUAGUUAAAUGGACAGUGCGACACCAGUUCACUGAAACAAAGAGAAUCUUUUUAUUACUAAGAACAAAGAGUCUUGAAUUAUUUAUAACUAAACUCGAAGAAAGCAUCAAAAAGAUAAUCAUAACCUAUUGGUGGUGGUGUUACGACGAAGAUCUUUGGAGGAAAAACGUGAAAAAUAUACGGUACGUCUGGAAAAUUUUACAGAUAUCGAUUCAAAGUAUAUGCAAAUGAAAAAGUUUGACCUAACUAAAUGAAGUUUAUGUGCAUAUGUUUGGUUACGUUUCGAUUAUUGUAUUCUUCACGCUCUUAGAAUACCCUCGCAUCUUCCAAUAACUGUAGUUAGAUUAACCUUAUAUACUGCUUCUGAUUUUAGGGACGUAUUUUUGGAUCUUAGUAUGUAAAAUUUCAACUUCACGAAAAUUUUGUUGAAAGUUGUUAUAUAGAAAUUUGGGUUCGAACAAAGUGAGGUUAUACAGCGAGGUUAGAGGAGUCGUUAAGCUUUCCACACUUUUGAUAUGAGUUAUCACAUUUCAUUAGUUAUAUUCUCUUCAUUUUGACAGAUGAACCAGACAUUGUUGACAAUAGGACUACUUUUUACUGUAGUCUUGCUUUUCACGACAUGGACAGAAGCGAAAGGAAAACAUCACCGUAAGUCGACAUUUAAUUUGGAUACUGAUUAAAGUGAACCUCGAUAUAACCCGAAGUUUCGGGGAACUGGCAAAAUUUGUUCGCUAUAACAAGGUUUUGUUAAAUCGAAGUUCUUUUAAUUUCAUAUAUUUUUACUAUUACUGGGGUUAAGAAAAUCGUUCGUUAUACCUACAAUCAUGGACAAAAGUCCUUGGGACAGUCAGAACGUAACCUCAAUUCUAUGCGUUUCACAAGUAAUGUCGCAAGAAGCAGUGCUGUCGUUUUAAAAACCCAUGUGCCCUCCCCCCUCCCCACCCAAUACAAUGUUGAAAGAUCAAAGGAAUUGUGCCUUGACGGUUUCAACACUGUCCGUGGUGUGGGGGGAGGGGGUUGGGACGUACAGUGUCAGUAGCGCGCGGAUACAAUUUGGAGUGUUUGUUCAAAAGCGUCCGAACUAUACAACUGUCCCAAGGCUUUUGUCCAUGAUUGUAGGACUUCUUUACAUAGUAGUUGGUUAUAUCGAGAUUCCAAUGUACUACACAAACAAAAUAAUCCCUUCAAAGCAAAACAAAAGCCAAACUAUUGCGGCUUUUGAAAAGCCGUUUGUAACCUUAGCUUUAAUGUAACUUUGGAGUGAUUUACAUGAUCUUGUUGUGAUUUACUGAAUCGUGUGAACUGUGUAACCAUGCCUUCUUGAGCUUCGAUUAGCACUGUCAAGUAGCGAUGCGAAUCUCAAAUAAAAUAUGGUUCACCGAUCACGGUUUUCAUUGCUUUCGAAAUGAAAUUUUUGGCAAUAAUUACAUGUCCUUCAAGUUACAUUUAAAUUAUUUAUUUUUUUCCAGGUGCUUUUGUUUGCAAAAGGUGCCUCAUUGAAGCUGUUUUAAGAACCACUGCACAUAUUAAACUGACUCUGCGUUGCCAAAGCAAACAUUUUCUAACGUCUUUUAACCAUCUUGUAAUGGACUUUUUUUUUCAAUUUCUGUGACAGAAUUUUUUUUCGUUACUCAACUAUUUCUAUUUCCAAACAUAUUUGAAAAUAAGAAAAUAAAACGGAGCUGAAAACAUAAACUUAUUUUAUUGAUAGAAUUUCUUUUCCCAGUAUAAUCGCAUACAGUUUUUUUUCUACAAUUACGAGACUUUUAAGGUCAGACUAUUCGUAAGUUUGUGUCUCGGCUUUGUUGUAACAAAUUAAUAAAAUCUCGAUAAACUUUGCUUCAUAAAAUGCCGAAAACAUGGACGCUAAAAAUUGGAUUUGUUUACGCCUCGUUUGCGUUUCCAUGUAAAACACUUUGUGAAAGGUUUGUACCCAGGAGUCAUUUCAAAAGUAGGUUGAGUUUUGUUACUCCGUAUACUUUCCCUUAGGCUGGCGUGAUCUAUUUCCCCAUCAGAGCUCUUUUUGAUGCUAAAAGUAUAAUUAAAAAACUGUUUAUCAUUAUGCAUGUCUAACUUAAACCAUCCUUUCUAGCAAUGCUGAUAAGUCAAAAGAACCUUUUUUUAAUAAUACUUUGGGAUAAAAUAAUGCAGCAGAGCAAUGCGAAUGAACAUUACUUGCUCAGAGUAUAUGUUCUCUAGUUGUCUCUCAAAAACGUUUUAAAGCAAAGGACACAAAUCUUAUUCCACAACAGGGCACAAGCAUCUCAAGAACUUUCUUCGACACAAGGUGGCAAAACACGAACGAGAAAAGAAAGUAGAAGAAAAACCAGAGGACAUACAAUUAGUGAAGUCAGGUAGAUACUACCGAACGUUACAAAUUAUAUCAACUGAGGGAAAGACUUUGUUGACGCUGUCUCAAAAAUCUUUUUAAAAAGUAAAUAGUACUACAUGUAUAAAAUGAAAUUGUAAUAUAUUCAACAUGGCAAAAGACGCUUCUCGUAUAUAUUGGCACAAGUCUCGUGUAUUAAGUAAUGAUCCGGGUAAGGUGGAUAGCAAUUUCUUUUGUUAUGCGGCAACGGUGCUUUCCCUACAUAGGAAUGUUCUCAUUUUUACACGGCGAAUGCUUAACCCUACAUGAAGGCCGUUUACGCAAUAAAAUGCAUUUACACUCCACUUUGAAAGGGUGUUUUUUUGUGUUAAAAGAUUUUGACCAAUCACAAGAGUUGAAAACAACAGCCAAGAAAAGUUUACAAUUUUACAUGUUCCCCACAUAGGAUUUCUUUGUUAUUCAAACUGGAAAGUAAGACUGAAUAUAUGUACUGCUUUAUGAAGUUUUGUUAACUUUUGCUGUUUAAGCCAAUCAGAAGUAAGUACAGACAAUAGAAAGGUUAGCACCUUUUUUGCAUUCCAACAUGUUUGUUGCCGUUCAGUGCUAUCGUUCUUACCUGGACCGUUUCUUAAAGAUAUAAAUUGCAUGAGUAACCUAGCCUCCCAUGCAGACAUUCUUUUGGCUCGACACUCGAUUCUCCCCAACAAAGUCGGCUGAAACGAGUGGUUAAAAACGUAGACCAAUUAUAGCACACUUCCAGGUCUAGGAAAUGCACUUUGGACUUUGCGGAAGUUAGCGAUAGACAGCAGAAAAGUUAAAAAAAGUUCUUCCUAAAAGGAAAAGCCUUUAAAGACUUACAAUCCUGGACUAAAGUCCUUGGGACAGUAAUGCAGUAAUCACAAUUUUCUGUAAUCUCUGAGUACCCUUAUUAAACAGUGCAUCCUUAUCGAAAUUUUCUUGCAGUUAUUCGGAAAAAAAAAAUUCUGGAUGCACGCGUCCAACGUUGUUUGUGCGGAAGGGGGAGGGGCUGAGCAUGUGUGGAUUAAAAAAGAGCUCCACAAAUACGAAAGUGUUCCCAGACCUAUGUCCAUGAUGGUAGAUCUGUGUUCGGUUUCAGAUUGAGAUUUCAGCUUACCUCGUCUGUCACCUUGACAGGGCACUUAUCCUGCCAUUAUUUUUAAUUUUAAUUUUAUUUGUACAGAAGAUGACCUAAGCGGAAGUGGUCUUGACUUCGCUGCUGAACCUGAAGUUGAUAUGAAAGGUAUAAAAAUUACUAUAGACAAACGUGCUGAGUCGCUGAUAGUCAGUCAACAGUUCAGUUUCCAAUUUUUAAUUGGCCAAGCGUUAAUAGGGAGCUUAAGCAACGGCGAAGACGACGGAGGCAGUGAAAUUGCCAUCCAGUCAAACUUUAUCUCGUCUAUUUGGACCUUCCCAAUUUGUGAACUGUAAUGCGAUUUCUCCUAGAGUUUAAUUUUUAACGACUUUAUCCAGGUUCUAAAAAGGUAAAGUCGUUAUCGUAGAAGGUUUCACGUCGUAGUCGUGCAGCGGACGUCAAAGAAAUGUACUAAAAAACAUGAUGUACUUGCAGAGCUAUUGCUUUGUUCCCAAUUGUUUUUUGACGUUGUCGUUUUCGUCGUGGCUACUUGAGCUCCCUAAUCUACGAACCUGCUGGGUUUGGGACACUUCCUUUUCUCUCCUCUUCUGGUAGAAAAUUUGAGAGUAUGGGGCAAUUCACAGUUAUAAAUACUGCUCGCUUUGCGUAAGUUUUCCCCCUGCCGUCCCCACCCCCCUCCUUAACAAAGUUGAAUUUCAUGCACUUCCCCAAUUUUUUUAAAACUAAUGUUUAUAACCUGAGACUCUCAAUGUUCAACGUCCGGGGCCGGGGAAGGGGAGUUAUUGAAAAGGCACAGAUUACAUGUACACAUGACUAAGUGUCUCAAACGUUUCGACCAUAUUAAUCAUAACGGGAUCUUAAUUAAUUUAGUUAAAAGUCAUAUCUUAUCAGAAUUAGCCUUGAUUUAUCAGAAUAUGUUGCCAAGCCCACAGAAGAGAAAACGAAGGAAGAAGGAGAGAAAGCUAAAGACCAUGUCGCACAUAUAAGACCAAAGAAAAAGAAAAUUCACCAUGAAGGUACUAAUUUAAUGUUCCCUAUGCUUGAUAGAAAAACAGGCACCAUUUCAACGAAAACAGCGGAUUGUUAAUGGUCCCGUCGUCCUCCAGUCUAGAUCCGUGGCAACAAUUAAUUAAUGAACAGAUAUUAUUCAAUAGCCAAAACGUUCGCUUCUUUACAGUUGUAUCCUGUCCGAGGAAAGGGAACGCCGAUCGGCUUUUCUUUUAGGCCUUUUUUCUUUCGUUCACCUGCUGACCGUUGUUCUUGAUGAACACUACUUGUUCACGAGAAAAAGGAACAAUUUAGGAUCGAUAUGCUUGGUCACUACGGUUGCUUGCUCAACUUUGGCAGUAUCAUUUGCCAAAUGACUUACAUACUCCUUAAUCAAUUGAUCUUUAAACAGAUGAUGACGAUCAAGGAUCCCUCAGAAACCUUUUGGACUCAAGCAUAGGUAAAAAAAGACAUAAAAUAAUAUUUUCAUUGGUAUUCUAUCCCCCUGCACCUUCCUUAUUUAAUGGAGAAAAAAGAUGAAAAUUUCAACAGAAUGGUCAAUCUCUAGCAUUUUCUCACGGAUGUCUUAUAGAACCACGCAACAGAGGAUAAUUAUAGUGACAAUAAACAAUGUCACAAUUUAACAUGCUUGGUAGAUUCAAUUGAACCUUUAUUCAGAAUUUUAUCCAGAGACUCAAACGUUUCAUUAGAAUUGUUCAGUAUACAUAUAGUACAUAGUGCUAAAGAGGAAAGCACUGCUCAGUAUCUACUUUUCCUUUAAGAGUAAACGUCCCUGUUCAUAAGUCUGGAUUAAUUUAUUUUUCUUAGAAAACCUCGCUAAAGCUGGUAAAGCGAUUCAAGCUAUUUUAGAUGCUACAGGAACAAGGAGGGGUAAGAUUUUUACUAUAGUAUUAGUGUUGCUUUUAAUUGUCCGUUCAGAACAGUUCUGUGUCACACUUCAAAAAUAGUAAGGUUUUAUCACCAGUCUUACUCUCCAAUGAGCUCUAUAAACAAGUGUAGGAAAUCUGUCUCUUGUCUUUGUUUGCAUGGUUGGGAAGGUGAAAUAAUUCAGUGCCUUAGCUUACAUACGAAUUGUCAAAUUCGUCCCCAAGGCUUUUUUCUUAGAAAAUGGAAGGGAUGAGCAAACGGAAAAGCCCUGGUGACGAGGAUGGCGCACUGGCCGGUUGAUCUCGAGUUUGUCCCCACCCAUCGUUCUUGCCAUCAAGGGGAACACUUUUUCUCUCCACCUUUUCGUUUGUUUAUAUUUUCUUUUAAAUAAACAAAGUAAUUAUUUUAUAAAACAAAUCGGAGUCUUAAUCUAAGAACUGAAUUAAGAUUUUGACCAUUUGAAUCCUAGUUAGUCAGACCUGCGCUGGUUCCUGCCCAGAUGUCUGUGCUCCAGGCUGCCAAUCAACAUGCUGCAACACUCCACCAUCUAGUCCCAUGUCUCAGGUAGCAGGUCAAGUCCCCUAUCCUUCCCCGUACCAACAACAGUCACCUUACGGAUACCCGCAACAGCAACAGUACCCUCAGAUGCCACAGCCACAGUAUCUUCCAAUGCCACAGAUGGCCCAACCACAGCAGCUAGCCCCAUACCCUCAGCAACCUAGAGCUGGACAAUGUCCUCAGCAAUGUUCUGCAGCACCUUGUCCCAGCGCCUGUCCUUCGACUUGCUGCAGUUCACAGCCCCAGUACCAACCACAGGCUGCAGGCGGCAUGAUGAGUGCACCGCAGUACCUUGAAUUACCUCCAGCUACACCUAAACCAAAUAUCACGCAGUCUUCAAGCUGCGCCUCGCCGUGCUCACAGUCAUGCGCUCCUGCUUGUCAACCAAGUUGCUGUUCUGGAUCAAUGGGCAUGCCCAUGGGAAUGCCAUUUCCACAGCAACAACCUAUGAUGCCUGUCAUGCCCCAGAUGCCCCCAACGCCUCCGAUGCAACAACAGCAAGCAUGUCCACAAGCCUGUCAACCAGCUGCACCUGGUGGAUGUGCACCGCAGGCUCAAUGCCCCCAGCGCUGCUGUCAAAACAGACGAAGAUAA